AUGACAUCCGGUGAUGUGGGCUUGUGCUUCUCGGAGUCUUAUGAAGAGGCAAGAGGCAAGUUCCUCGCCGCGGCCGGGGAGUUGAAAGCCGAAAUGCACUCCCUGCCGGUGGCCGAAGACGAGGAGGGCAGGUACACCAUCGACAUCGCCAUCCUACGCAAGCCUGGGAAAGGCGUGAUGGUCAUCACGAGCGGGACGCACGGCGUCGAGGGCUAUGCAGGCAGCGGUAUCCAGCUAGGCCUCCUAAGGCACUGGCAGGAGCUGUCCAUCGGCGUUACUGCGGUGUUCGUCCAUGCUGUGAAUCCCUACGGCAUGGCGCACUUCCGGCGCUGCAACGAGAAAAAUGUGGACCUGAACCGCAACUGUCUCUCACCGCAGGAGUUUGAAAGAUUGCAAACCGAAGACAAACUGGCGACUAUCUACAGCAGUUUCGAUCCUCUGUUCAAUCCCACGGUGACGCCGAGUUGGUUCUACCGGAAUGUGGCCAUUUGGCCACACAUGGCAUCCUACGUUGCUGCCUAUGGCUUUGGAUACAUCAAGACCGCGCUGGUCGGUGGCACAUACACGAAGGAGCAAGGCAUGUUCUUCGGCGGCCGCGAGCUGCAGAAAUCGCACAUUCUGCUGCGAGACUUCUUCAAAGAGCAGUUCGGGAAGGUGCCGGCAAAGGAGAUUGCAUGGGUCGAUGUGCAUACUGGACUUGGCGCACAAGGCGUGGAUGUGCUUCUGGGGAAUUUCGAAGAUCGACAGCUCAUGGAUGAGAUCUUCCCCAAAGUGGAAGGCGAGUUCGAUGGAUUUCAGGGCGGAUUUGGCAUCUCGGCCAUUGACCGCCGCUGCGGCCCUGGCGAGCUGGAUGUGAAUUCGGGCAGGUUCUCUUCUUCGCAAGCGGGUGGAUACGAAUACACGGUCGGUGUGUUGUCUGGCGAUUGGGUAACAUCCUGGUUUCCUCCAGAUUCUGGGCGAGCCCUCCUGGUGCAGCAAGAGUUUGGUACCCUUCCGUCGCUGGCGGUGGCGAGGGCCUUGAUGCUGGAAAACGUUGGCUUCCACUAUGACCGCGGCAACCACGACUUCUGGCGCACCUUCACGCAGGACGCUUUCUACGUCAGGACCGACUUCUGGAAAGAGAGGGUGCUUCGCCGCGGCAUGGAUGUAUUCCAGAAGAUGGCGAAGACGCUCAUGGAUAAGCUUUAG